AACCCUCCAUUCUCUUUUCUUUCUCAAGACUCACAAAAGCCUCGAACUUUUCUCUCUCUCUCUCUGUGAGGCUGUGAGCAAUGGCGCACCUAAGCUUUGUGGUUUUGGUUUUGGCAUUGUCUCUUGGCUCCACUUUGGCAAACUCUCCAGCUCCCUCUCCAUCAUUGUCUCCUGCUAAGCCACCAACUGCGCCUCAUUCUGCUCCAACUCCGCCACCAGCUGCGCCUCAUACUUCUCCAACUCUGUCUCCAAAAGCAUCGCCACCGGCCCAAUCGCCGUCUCCAAAGGCCACUCCUCCGCCACCUCCACACCCUAACUCUCCUUCUCCUUCUCCUGCAAAACCUUCUGCUCCGUCACCGGCCAGUGCCACUCCUCCCUCAUCGAUCGCAACUCCACCAGCUAAUGCGUCUGCUCCAUCUUCACAUAACGCUGCUGUUUCGAACAGAUUUGCCGUCUCUGGGUCCCUGGCUGUCGGUCUCCUCGCUGCUGUUUUGGUCAAUUAGAGCCUUUUGAUUGCUCUUGCGCUGCACUGAGUGAAGUCAAGUACUCAACUACUCUCGUGGUUUUUUUUUUCUUAUUGCUUAUUUCCAUGUAUUUAUUUACCUACUGUACCAUUUAUUUUUUCUUCUCUCGUUGAGGCUGUUUAUUGUUGUCAUAUCUCAUCGACUGGACAUGAGUUUAUUGCUACUGUUGUUUUAAUUCUUCUUUAGAUAAUUUGAUUAUAUGAUGUCUUGGUUUAAUAUCAUUUCGUCGUGAUCAUAUUUUUAUCAGUAUAUGGACUGAUCCUUUUCUGUC